GAAGUGAAUUAAGACUGACAGUAAUUUGAUAUCUUGAAACUUGGUGCUUCAACACGAGUCGUUUGGACAACAAAAACUUAAGUACACCUUCAAAGUUUACCCAACUUUGUACUGUGCUAAAAAACCACAUGAUAUGUCAUAGAUAUCAAUUAUUUAUAUCCAGAUGAUUUGCUGAGAUAAUGGUCACAUCUUGAUGACAAUAUCAUUUUGUUGUAGCUAACACGGUAAGUUUAUAUUUUUUAAAAUAGUAGAGAGGAGUUAUUGCAUUCUCCUUAUUUCUUUAAAAUUUUUAUAUAGAACUACUUAUUUUUGUUUUAUUAUUACCAUAUAAUAAAUAUAAUGGUUAAAAUAAAAAUCUAUGAACUAGAGUAAUCUUCCUAAGACGUUGAAUCGACUAGAUGUAUGUUAAUGGAUAAUACUGAAAGUGUAAUGUCUAGGAUAGUGCUUAUCUUAAAAAAAAUUGAAAACUAAGGAAUAUUGAACAGGCUCUAAGACAGAUCAUAAAAAUUUUAAAUUAACUGUGUUGAAUGUCCAUUUUUAUGGAUCUAUCAUGGACUUAAAUGCAUAUCCAUAUAAGUCUGAAAAGUUGGAUUAAAGUUUAUGACGAUAUUAAAUAUUUGUUUGUCGGUCGCAUAUGAACGAUGUGCAAAUUGAUAGGAAUAUUCCAUUGUUGUUUUGAUAAGAUUACAAAUAUUCUCAUUAUGAAAUCAAAGGCACAAUGAGAAAAUUAAAUUUGAACUAUUCUAUUUUUUCAAUAUUCAUCAAAAAAUAACAAACAAAUGUGGAAUAAAUAUUUUGAAUAGUCACAAAAAGUGACUAUUCGGUGGCGACAGGAGAUCUAGCCAUCCACACUCUCGAUUUAUAUUCAUGUCCUCGCGCCUGAAAAACCGACAGGGAGGCGAUCGCAUCGUCCUUACUCGCAAACACAAAAUAUUAAAUGAUGUAAUGAGCGUUGCGCAAUACUUCUCACAUAUAGUUUAUAUUUAGAAAUUGGAACUUAUUUUCUCUGAAUCUUCGUUGAUAGCACUGUUUUUAGUAUAUUACAUUACAAAACCAACAUAGCUUGAUUAGAUUACAGAUUUUUUUCUAUUUUCAUAACAACAGGGUUCACCUUUAAAAAUUUUAAAAAAUAGGCACUUCUCAGCUCUUAAUUGAUUUUUUUGAGAAACAGCGAUGGUUUCACAGAAAAUCAAUUUUUUUAAUAUUCCCCACUUUUCUGCUGUUAAUAAAUUCUUUUCGGAGAAAUUACCUGUGUAAUUGCACUCUAAAGUUACUUUAUAAUCAACACAUCAAUAAUUUACGAAGAAUCAACAAUCCGAUUUUAUUCUUAUAUUCAUUUAAAUAUUUUACCAUUACGUUGUCAUUUUUAUUUUCUUAUAUAAACAUAUUGAUAGUUGUAUAAUUUUGAAACUUCCGCCAAAAUGUUUCAGAAUAUUCUAGAAGAGGUUUGGUUAGACUGACGUGUCAAUUUUUUUGACCUAUGAUAUGCUGUAAAUUGUUUAUUACCAAUUGACAUAUGACAGUUAACUUAUGUUCGUUAUGAUGAAAUUCAGUGUCACAACUAAAUUUUUAUUAAUCGUUUUGUAAACCUAUUUGUGUAAAAAUAGUGUCGAAUAAGUUUAUAUCUAAAUCUGAAAAUUACUGUGAAGAUCUGGGAUUGCCAAUAAAGUGUAAGGAGAAGAAUUUUUAUAGUUACAAAAUUAACUAGUCAUUCCAGGUAAAACAUGGCUGACGAUGUUCCGGUAAAUAAAGAAAAAUCUAAUAAUGAACCCAACGAAGCUCUAGAUAAUACUUCAUCAACAAAAAUUACAGUACAUGUUAAAACUCCUAAAGACAAAGAAUCAUUUCAAGUCGAAGAGGAUUGCAGUGUGAAAGAAUUUAAAGAGGUCAUUCGAAAGAAAUUUACGGCCGAACCAGAUCAACUGUGCUUGAUAUUUGCAGGAAAAAUUAUGAAAGAUCAAGAGACUUUGCAACAACAUAAUAUCAAAGAUGGUCUCACUAUUCAUUUGGUUAUUAGAGCAGCACAAAGAUCUACACCUAAUACUACGACUACUACUGAACCCACCUCAACUCGUGCACCAGAUCCUGCUCCAAAUCCAUUUGGAAAUUUUGGUGGUUUAGGAGGCUUGGGUAGUUUGCCAAGACUGGAUCAAUUAGGACUAGGUACCAAUAUGGCAGAUUUACAAUCCAGCAUGCAGAAUGAAAUACUACAAAAUCCAGAUAUGAUAAGAAACAUUUUAGACAACCCACUAGUACAGAGAAUAAUGAAUGAUCCCGAAAAUAUGCGAACUUUAUUGACAAGAAAUCCUCAGAUGCAAGAACUAAUGGAGCGCAAUCCUGAAAUCAGUCACAUGCUCAACAAUCCAGAACUUUUAAGACAAACUAUGGAAUUGGCAAGAAAUCCUUCAAUGUUACAGGAAUUGAUGAGAACUCAUGACAGAGCUAUUAGUAAUUUGGAAAGUAUUCCUGGAGGUUAUAAUGCUCUACAAAGAAUGUAUCGAGAUAUUCAAGAACCUAUGCUUUCAGCUACUGCAGAUCAAUUUGUUAGAAAUCCUUUUGCAGGGUUAGUGGACAAUACUUCUACAAAUAAUCCCCAACAAGGAAGAGAAAACACAGAACCUUUACCAAAUCCUUGGAACCCUCAAAGAUCUAAUACUAAUACUUCAAAUAACACCAAUACUAAUAGAUCAUCAGUUACCCCUCCCUCAAUAUCUAGUCUACUUCAAAAUUUGGGAGGUACUGGAGGUACAGAAGCUACUCCUGCUAACAUGCAACCGUUCAUGGAGACCAUGCAGCCAUUUUUGGAUGCAGUGGCACAAGAUGUUGGCUUAGUUGAAAAUAUUAUUAGCAGCAAUCCAUUGCUACAAGAUAAUCCUGAAAUAAGACAACAAUUGAGGACUGUGAUGCCACAGAUUAUGCAACAGUUACAAAAUCCAGAGAUGAUGAAUUUGAUGACAAAUAGUAAUGCUAUGAAUGCAGUUAUGCAAAUUCAGCAAGGAUUAGAUACACUUAGACAGACUGCUCCUGGAUUAAUGGGUAAUCUUGUUCCUGGAAUAGUGCCAUCUACUAAUUCCGGCUCUAACAAUACUUCUCAAAAUAGUACUACCAGUCCAACUACUGGAACUACUACUACCACUACUACUUCGCAGCUACAAACAAAUGCAUUUUCAGAGAUGUUGGCUAUGAUGGGAGGACGUCAGGAUAGUGUAGUACCACCAGAACAGAGAUAUCAGAGGCAACUUGAACAACUCACCGCAAUGGGCUUCAUGAAUAGAGAAGCAAAUUUACAGGCCUUAAUCGCCACCUUCGGGGACGUCAAUGCUGCAGUAGAACGACUACUGGCACUAGGUCAGCUAACUAUGAGCUAACCUUUUUGAAAUAAAUUUCCAAAUGUUUUAUCAUAUAUUCCCUUUACAUUAUUUUUCAUUUGAUAGUUUAUUAUUGUUUUUAAACUUUUGAUUAGAUUACCUAAUCUAAACAUCUUGAUUUGUUUCGUUUUUAUCUAUCUGCAUUUCUAUCAUCUUCAUAUGGUCUCUAGUAUACAAUCAAGGUUUUACAUUUACAAGCUUCUGCCUGCUGCUUCAGCUACAUUCAUUAUUAAGUGUUAAGGUAAUUAACUUAAUAGUUUCAAUUUUAUUAACCAGCGUUAUUAGCCACUUAUUAUUUCAUGAUUUUGCAAAAUAUAUAACUAACGACUCCACUUGAAAUACGAGCUAAAUUGAGACAUCCUAAGAUGUUCUAUUUAAAACAUUGUUAAUAUUGAGUAACAUGGCAAAAAGAAACAAA